AUGUUAAAACAUGUUUUUGGAAUCAGAAAAUUGUCAGAUUAUGUACUUCCUAAAAUUAGAGAACAAUUUGUUAUUCCACCAGGAUAUGAUUUUAAAACAUGGUUUCCUUUGCAUAUGUCAGUACAAUUAAGUAAAAUGGAAGGUAAAUUAAGGAGUGUAGAUAUGAUAAUUGAAGUACAUGAUGCUAGAAUACCUAUAACUGGACGAAAUAAAGAAUUUUAUGAAAAAUUAUAUGCUGUUAGACCUCAUAUGUUAGUUCUUAAUAAAAUGGAUUUAAUUGAUUUGAAAAGUUACAAAGAACCUAUUGAAAAUUACUAUAGAGAGAUUGGAAUUAAAAAUAUUGUAUGGACAGAUUGUAAAAGAAAAAUUAGUAAAGCAUUAGCUGAUGUCAAAACAAUGAUGCUUGAAUUAUUACGAAAUGAAUCUAGGUUUAAUCGCGAAGUUAAAACAGAGUAUCAGGUUAUGGUUGUUGGAAUUCCAAAUGUAGGUAAAAGUUCUUUAAUUAAUUCAUUGAGAUCAAAUACAAUGGGUGUCAAACAUAAUGCUGUUAAUGAAGGAGCUAGACCAGGAGUUACAGUAAGAGUUCAAAAUAGAGUUAGAAUAAUGGAUAAACCAAGAGUUUAUAUUUUAGAUACCCCUGGUGUUUUAAAUCCUAAGAUUAAAGAUAUUGAAAGUAGUAUGAAAUUAGGUUUAUCCGACUAUUUACUUUAUUUCUUAAACAGAACCGGUGAUUAUUCUUAUGUAGAUUUACUAAAAUUAAAACAACCAACUGAUAAUAUAAAUGAGGUUCUUUUUCAAAUAUGUAAAUCAAACAAUUAUAUAAAAGAAGCAUAUAUGGGUAAAGAACGUGAAAAAGUAUGGGAUAUAGAAAGAGCAGCAAAACUUUUUUUGAACUUAUACCGAACAAAUAAAUAUUUUGAUCAUUGUUUAGAUAAAGAAAUUUUAAUUGAUUAUAAAUAUUGA